AUGUCAAGUGGAGAGAAGCCCCCCCAAGGAUUAACAAUAGAUCGUGCAGCAUUUCUCCUUCUACGAGUGAAAAGAGCGUUUAAGAAGAAAAAGCAACAGCGAAAGGAGAGAAGUACAACGAGUGGUGAAUGUAAAUCGGAUAUUAAGUCAUCAUCCCGCGCAACCAGUGGUACUAACGGUGGGGGUUGUUGCCGUCCAGCCCCUCUAUUACGAUCCAGCACUCUACCGGCAAUAGUAGCACCUGGUCUUAGUAUUCUGCAGAAGCAAAUCGAUGCUAGAUACGCCGCUGCUUGUGGUACUGGUGCAUCCGGACCUGGCAGAGGAAGUUUUAAUGCCGCUGGAUUCAAUGAGCAAACGGAGAGAAUUGAGUCGGGUGUUAAAAGCGUGAAAUUGUUGGCACCAAGGAUUUUCUUCACUGAUGAUACUCUUGCUGGAGAGAGGAGAGUUUCAGAAAGUGUAAUAGAAGCUCGUCAAAAGGCAUCGAGGAGCGCUGAGCAUCCUACCAGCCGAACUAGCGGAAGAUUGAGCAGCAGUAAUGUUUUGAGCACAUCCCAACCUCUGACAAGGCUUGCGAAAUUGUUAAAUCAACGUCCAAGUUAUACACCGAGUGAUGAUAUUACCCGUAGACUUUCAUGGGAAAGAAGGGGCGAUGGUUGUGGAAAUCACAUCGAGGAUUUUCCCUCUCCCCAUUUCGCGGUACCAAGGAGCACUUCGAUCGACAGUUUGGCUUGCGCCAACUGGAACUACUUCCCAACUGGCCCAAUGUCAAGUGCACUCGGUGGAAAUGGAUUAUCAUGUGAUAUACGCAGAGACAGCGGAUAUGACCUCAUGUACGAGCCAUUUUCACCGCAACCGUAUAGAAAAAUUGCCAGUCCCUGUCCAAGCCCAACACCCAGCCAAACAACAACACCACUACUUCGCGUUCGUGGUGAACGCCAGAGUAUCUCCAGCAAUAUUGGAAGACGAAUCAAGGGCCAUCGAGCGGUUGUUGGUGAGUAA